AUGGGCAAAAAAAAGCGAAGUUAUACGCAAAAUACGGAGGAAGUUUCAUCAGUACCAUCCGUGAGCGCUUCGCCACUCGUUAGACAAGUUACAUUUGAUGAAUCUUCAAAAGAACCCAGUGACUAUUACAUGGAACCGAGUGGUAGAGGUUUAAUAACAAGUCCAUCUGUUGGAACAUUAAACAGAUUAGAACGGCAGAAAAUUGUUCUCUGGAAAAGGCCUAUUCAAACACUUCACUAUGCUCUUCGUGAACUUUUACAGCUAUUGGUCGAGUUCAUCGUUUACUUAUGGUUCCACAAAGCUCGUAUAUUGUUCGUUUUGUUAUUGUGUGCGGUUGGGACAUAUAUUUGUCAUGUUCCUGGCGUUCAUCAAAAAUACAUUCAAAGUUGGAAAGUGAAGUCAUUACAAUGUUUGUAUUGGAUAGGUUUGGGUGUACUGUCAUCUAUUGGGCUUGGAACUGGUCUCCAUACAUUUAUAUUGUACCUUGGGCCACAUAUAGCUUCAGUCACAAUGGCAGCUUAUGAAUGUAAUUCACUGGAUUUUCCUGAACCACCAUAUCCGGAAAGAAUUUCAUGUCCCAAUGUGGAAGGUGUCAUGGAAGCGGCAGUAGUGACAAUGUGGUCGAUAAUGUCAAAAGUACGCGUCGAAGCACUUAUGUGGGGUGCUGGUACGGCACUAGGUGAAUUACCACCUUACUUUAUGGCGAAGGCAGCACGAAUCUCUGGUGAAGAGCCAGAUGAUGAAGAAUACAGAGAAUUUUUAGCUUACAUUAAUCAAAGUGGACCCAAAGCACCCACAUUUGCUGAGAAGUGUAAAGGACUAAUGGAGAAAGCAGUUACUAAACUUGGGUUCUUCGGCAUUCUUUCUUUUGCUUCAAUUCCGAAUCCAUUUUUCGAUUUAGCUGGUAUAACAUGCGGACAUUUCCUGGUUCCUUUUUGGAAGUUUUUUUUAGCAACUCUUAUUGGAAAAGCUGUUUUCAAAAUGCACCUUCAGAUGUUUUUGGUAGUGCUGGCUUUCAGUGAAAACACAGUGGAGCAUCUUAUAGUUCACUUAAAAUCGGUUCCGGUAUUUGGCAUACGCCUUCACCAGAAAUUGAUGGAGUAUUUAGCGUUUCAGAAAAUUAAGCUCCAUAAAAGUGGGGCUGCGCAUGUUGAGGACAGUACCAUGCUUCAGAAGGGUGCUUCAUUCAUUGUUACCUCCAUGAUAGUCUGGUUUUUACUUUCCAUAAUCAAUUCGUUAGCACAGAAUUGGCAUAAACGACUUUGUAAUGCAAAAAAGAAGACAUGUUGA